AUGCAGCUCAUUGCUGAUUUCUUGUUUACGGAUUCACUGGCUGUGGGCUGGGACACAUCGAACGAACCGCUGGCGUUAGAAAGGACAGAGAGAAUCCCGAGAUCCCUAAAUGAGCCAAAUUUGCAGCUUGUCUCGAUUCCGGCAGCAAUCUUCAUAGUAGUGAUCAUCAUAAUUGUUGGAUUAGUAAUCCAACAAAAGCUAAAGUAUCAAAGCGGAUCAGAGGAUGAGAGCGAAACCAAAAGAUUCAUGCCGUUAGAACUGCAGCGACAAAACAGUGUUAGAUCCAAACGUGACGUUGACAGCAUCAGUGGGCCAAGGCCACUAAGGAAUCUGUCAGAAGAGAGCGAACUAACGCGUUCACUGGUGGCAUCCACAUCGUCGGAGCAGGAGGACGAGGGAAGCUCACGGAAAAAACCAUCAACCAAGAAGAAGGGCGCUAAUCGAGAGGAAUAG